GCUGUGCAGGACUUUUCGCGUCUACGUUUUCUCCGCUUUCGAUUCUCUUACCGGCCGGCCGAGUUGAAGUUAAUUUUUCAGUACUGUAAUACCGGAGUCGAUAGUACAUAUUUGGUUAUGUAUAAGCUCGUUUACCUCUCGUUGCUGGGGCUCGCGGCGGCGGCGCCCUCGCCUCAGCGCAAUAGGGGCGGUCAGCAGCAGAAGCAGACGGCGCAGCAGCAGGCGGCGAAGGUGCCGAUGGGCAUCACGCAGGCUCAGGACGGGAGCAUGAUCUUGGACGAUAUGGUGAUGGUGAACGGCCUACCUAUCCGAUUCAAGAUUGCGGCGCCAGCGGACCAGUUCUUGCCUGCGUCGGGGGUGCCAGGCGCAGCGGCGACAAGUGGGAACGGAACUAUGGGGGCGAACGUUCUGCUGCAUGGUGACGGCGGCCAGUCGUUCUUCGACAUGCCCAACCAGAACGUACAGGCCAACACCAUGGGUGUCGCGCUGUUGGCCCCAGACCCAAACCUCUUCUGGGGCGGCGGCAGCGGCCUGCAGCGCACCGACGGCGUGGCCCACGCGCAGGCGGUCAACGACUUCAUCCAGAAUGAGAUGCCGCAGCGCGUGGCCGUCAACAUGUCCGCUAUGGUGUUCAGCGGCGUCAGCGGCGGCAGUCUGCUCAUGUCCGGCUUCUUCGUGCCCGCGCAGAUUCAGAACUACGCGCCCAGCGCAGUAGAGCUGAACUGCGGCGGCAUGCCACCUCAAGUGGCGGUAGUAGACCCCGCAGCCGUGGCGAGCACGAGGAUUCACUUCCAGUCCACGCAGUCGGAGCUACAACUGCUACAAGGCAGCAUCCCGCAGUCUGUCACCGCGUACGAGCAGAUUGCGGCUAGUCAGGGCUUGAGCGCGGCUCAGGUCAAUCAGCUGCAGACCGUGGACAACACGCCACAGGGUGGACAUUGCGCGUUCGACGGGCAGGACUUCGUGUCCGGGGUGCAGACCAUGCUGACAAGCUACUCGAAUGUCGUGCAGGGUGGCAAUGGCAUUGUGACUGGCAUUGGCGCGCCGAGCAACGGGCAGGUUACCACUGGUGUUGUCGGAAACGAGAACCUGCAGUUUUCGGGCGGUCGCAAGCGCGACGAGGAGUCGAUGGUGGUCGCUAGGUGGGCGCAGGAUGUUGUGGAGGAGGACGAUGUGGCGCUGUUGGCGUGCGAUCGUACUUCGUGCUAGAUGUCGAUAUAGUAGUGCCUAUAAAUCAAAUAA